AUGGUAUCUACUGGUAGAGGUGGAGCAGGCAAUAUCGUGAGUGCGGAGUCUGUUGGACAUGAUAACGUGCCACAACUGGAAGGAAAACAAGAAAGCAAAAAAGUUCUCUAUUCUACUGGUAGAGGUGGCGCCGGGAAUUUCAAAACUUCAGACGAGAUCCCGUCUCCCAAAUUAGUACCCCAAGGCUCAAACACACCGGCUUUGACAACGAGCAAGUUCACAACAGGUCGUGGAGGUUACGGCAACAUGGUUAGUAAUGAUGAUCCUGAACUUUCACGAAAGCUUCAAGAUGUUGAUGGUACUAAGGAGGAGAAGUUACAGAGCGUCACAUCGAAUAGAUCAUUUUCUGUUGGUCGUGGAGGUUUUGGUAAUGUUAUUUCCAAUACAUCCAAAGGUAGCAGUAAUGAGUCAGGCAAUAACUUGUAUACUGUGGUCAGUGCCGGAGAGAAGAAAGCUCGCGGACACAAGAAGAAAGGCUUGAUGGAGAAGGUGAAGGGUCUCUUUAGCUAA